AUGUCCUCAUUUUUAACCUUUCAAGGUCGUUUGCCAACACAAGGUCAAGUACUCCGUUUAUGGGUACCUGAUAUAUGUUAUCUUUUAAGUCACAGCACUGGUUCGCCUGGCUCACGUCAACCUUCGAAAAUAUCUACUGAAGGAGAAAAAUUAGACUCGGACGUGAUUGCAUUAUCAAACUUUCUUCAUCCCGAUCGGAUUUCUCGUCAAACACUACAAGGAAUUAGUAGUGCAGCGCAACAGCAAUUCGCUAAAUCAGAUCGAUAUAAACUAUGCCGUGUUUUAAUGUUUCUCCUUCAAAAUGACUUCCUUCAUGAUGCAAUAAUUCAUUUUGCAGCUGUUUAUUUAUUAUGGGACUUGUGGAAAUCAGAUAACUCUUCCAUCAAUAAUAAUCCAUUCACAGAGUUUUUAAUUUCAUUUAUGCAGGAUGAAGUGCAUUGCAAGUUGCCGCGAUCUGCAAUUUCAAUGUUUCAUACAAUUCUUCGUCAACCCGAUCAAAUUCAUGAUUUUCUAAAGUAUACUCCAGCACAGAUAUUUGAUUUACCGUAUCCUCCGACUGACAUUAGACUGGACUGGGAUCUGGUCCCAUUAGCUAAUUCACUGAAAUCAUCUGGCCGUGUUUCGAAGUUCGCUGACUCUGGAAUGGUUUGUAUUGUUCCUGACGAAGAUAUUCCACGUUCUUUUGAGCCAUCAUUUCACUUACAUAACACAGAUGAUUCCUGUGGUACAUCUGAAUUACAACGUCAAUGUUUAGAUUCUCUUUUGUCACGUAGUGAACUGUUAAUAGGUCGCAAUAAUGUCUUCCCAGAGUUUCUUCGUAUUUCCCCACCUUUGUUACCAUGCCCCCAAGGAAUUGAUCAGAUUUUAUACAGUGUAGAUGAAGAAAAUGAAUCCAUCAGUCGUACAGUUUCCAACUUUAGUCCUUCAGAGAAAAGAUCUAUCAAGAAGUCUAAACCCACUUAUGGCUGGUCAGAAGAACUUAUUUGGCUUAAUCCAGACAUUGUUGAGCACGAUUUUCAUUGGAAUAACAGUAUGGAACUUGUUGAUAUAACAGUUGAGCUUCGUCAUUUGGUUUCCGCAGCCAUGACAUCCACUUUAACCCAGUCGCAGCAACAAACUGUUGUUCAAGCAAUUAAGGAUAAUCCAGAUGUUAUCUAUAAUGUUGGUAUCACUCCAGAGAUUGUACCGAAUUUCGUGAACCGUAACCCAGUUAUCGCUAUUGAAGUUUUACAAUUGUUGAUUACAUCACCGAAACGAGAUGAGUAUUUAAAUGCUCUGCUAAAAAUGGAAGUUACUGUACAAUCAAUUGAAGUAGUAAAUCGACUAUCUACAAAAAUUGUAUUACCUACAGAAUUUAUACAAGAUUAUAUAUCGAAUUGUUUAGCAUUUUGUUAUUCAGUAAAUGAUAAAUUUUAUCAAAUGAGACAUGUUCGUUUAGUAUGUGUACUACUACAAUCACUUAUCAGGAAUAACAUAUUAGAUAUUCAUAAUCAGGAUAUCUUAAUCGAAGUGAGGACUUUUUGUUUAGAAUUUACCAAAGCUCGGGAAGCGACCACUCUUCAUAGACUUAUUUUGAAUAUGGAGAACACUAACACAGCUUCAUCGGCUACAACGUUCAGCAACAACAUUGGCACUUCCACGACUACGACUAGUCCUACUUGUUCAUCAACUGGUAUACCACAACAAGACAUUUCUAAUGAAAAUAAAGAAACCUAA